CCUCUUCUCUCCUCCACCCCUCCCUUUUCCCACUCCCAACUGACUCGGAGGCCUGGAUGCUCUGCCACCGGGCAGUGGUCCAGCGCGCAGCCGGGAGGGGGCGGGGGCAGGGGGCACUGUGACAGGAAGCUGGGCGCACAAGUUGGACAUUUCGGGGGCAAAAUAACUUCUCCCUUGGAUUUGGAAAGGACAAAGCCAGCAAGCUACCUCUUUUGUGUCGGAUGAGGAGGACCAACCAUGAGCCAGAGCCCGAGUGCAGGCUCACUGCCGCUGCUGCCACCACGGUCAGCUCCAGUUCCUGGUAGGAGUUGUUGCGAGGAAUUUGGAGACAAGCUCUGUUAGUCUGUUCCUUCCUUAUUUGAAGGGAAGGUCAAAGAUCCAGUUUGGAAAUGAGAGAGGAAGACUAACAGCAACAUAGGCUCCACCACUGAUACCUCCCAGAGGUAGAGAAACAGGAUUCAUGAAGAUGUUGACGAGACUGCAAGUUCUUACCCUAGCUUUGCUUUCAAAGGGAUUUUUACUCUCUUUGGGAGACCAUAACUUUCUAAGGCGGGAGAUUAAAAUAGAAGGUGACCUUGUUUUAGGGGGCCUAUUUCCUAUUAAUGAAAAAGGCACUGGAACUGAAGAGUGUGGGCGAAUCAAUGAAGACCGAGGGAUCCAACGCCUGGAAGCCAUGUUGUUUGCUAUCGAUGAAAUCAACAAAGACAAUUACUUGCUACCAGGAGUGAAGCUGGGUGUUCACAUUCUGGAUACAUGUUCAAGGGAUACCUAUGCAUUAGAGCAAUCACUGGAGUUUGUCAGGGCAUCUUUGACUAAAGUGGAUGAAGCUGAGUAUAUGUGUCCUGAUGGAUCCUACGCCAUUCAAGAAAACAUGCCACUGCUCAUCGCAGGGGUCAUUGGCGGCUCUUACAGCAGUGUCUCCAUACAGGUGGCCAACCUGCUCCGGCUCUUCCAGAUCCCUCAGAUAAGCUACGCUUCCACCAGCGCCAAACUCAGCGACAAAUCGCGCUAUGAUUACUUUGCCAGGACCGUGCCCCCUGACUUCUACCAGGCCAAAGCCAUGGCCGAGAUCUUGCGCUUCUUCAACUGGACCUACGUGUCCACCGUGGCCUCCGAGGGCGACUACGGAGAAACAGGGAUCGAGGCUUUCGAGCAGGAAGCCCGCCUGCGCAACAUCUGCAUCGCCACCGCGGAGAAAGUGGGCCGCUCCAACAUCCGCAAGUCCUACGACAGCGUGAUCCGGGAGCUGCUGCAGAAGCCCAACGCGCGCGUCGUGGUCCUCUUCAUGCGCAGCGACGACUCGCGCGAGCUCAUCGCCGCUGCCAGCCGCGCCAACGCCUCCUUCACCUGGGUGGCCAGCGAUGGCUGGGGCGCGCAGGAGAGCAUUGUCAAGGGCAGCGAGCACGUGGCCUACGGUGCCAUCACCCUGGAGCUGGCCUCGCAGCCCAUCCGCCAGUUCGACCGCUACUUCCAGAGCCUCAGCCCCUACACCAACCACCGCAACCCCUGGUUCCGGGACUUCUGGGAGCAGAAGUUCCAGUGCAGCCUCCAGAACAAGCGGAACCACAGGCGCGUGUGCGAGAAGCACCUGGCCAUCGACAGCAGCAACUACGAGCAAGAAUCCAAGAUCAUGUUUGUAGUCAACGCCGUGUAUGCCAUGGCCCACGCCCUGCACAAAAUGCAGCGCACCCUCUGUCCUAACACUACCAAGCUUUGUGACGCUAUGAAGAUCCUGGAUGGGAAGAAGUUGUACAAGGAUUACUUGCUGAAAAUCAACUUCACAGCUCCAUUUAAUCCAAAUAAAGAUGCAGAUAGCAUCGUCAAGUUUGACACUUAUGGAGAUGGAAUGGGGCGAUACAACGUGUUCAAUUUCCAACAUGUGGGUGGAAAGUAUUCCUACUUGAAGGUUGGUCACUGGGCAGAAACCUUAUCACUAGACGUCGAUUCCAUACACUGGUCCCGGAACUCAGUCCCCACUUCCCAGUGCAGUGACCCCUGUGCCCCCAAUGAAAUGAAGAACAUGCAACCAGGGGAUGUCUGCUGUUGGAUCUGCAUCCCCUGUGAGCCCUACGAAUACCUGGCUGAUGAGUUUACCUGUAUGGAUUGUGGGCCCGGGCAGUGGCCCACUGCAGACCUCACUGGAUGCUUUGAUCUUCCCGAGGACUACAUUAAGUGGGAAGAUGCCUGGGCUAUUGGCCCGGUCACCAUUGCCUGUUUGGGGUUUAUAUGUACAAGCAUGGUUGUAACUGUUUUUAUCAAGCACAACAACACACCCUUGGUCAAAGCAUCAGGCCGGGAACUUUGCUACAUUUUGUUGUUUGGAGUUGGCCUGUCAUAUUGCAUGACAUUUUUCUUCAUCGCCAAGCCAUCACCAGUCAUCUGUGCGUUGCGCCGACUGGGGCUGGGGACCUCCUUUGCUGUCUGCUACUCAGCCCUGCUGACCAAGACAAACUGCAUCGCACGCAUCUUCGAUGGGGUCAAGAAUGGAGCUCAAAGGCCAAAGUUCAUCAGCCCCAGUUCUCAGGUUUUCAUCUGCCUGGGUCUGAUACUGGUGCAAAUCGUGAUGGUGUCUGUGUGGCUCAUCCUGGAGACUCCAGGCACCAGGAGGUAUACCCUUCCAGAGAAGCGGGAAACGGUCAUCUUAAAAUGCAAUGUCAAAGAUUCCAGCAUGUUGAUCUCUCUUACCUACGAUGUGAUCCUGGUGAUCUUAUGCACUGUUUAUGCCUUCAAAACGCGGAAGUGCCCAGAAAAUUUCAAUGAAGCCAAGUUCAUAGGAUUUACCAUGUACACCACCUGCAUCAUUUGGCUGGCCUUCCUCCCAAUAUUUUAUGUGACGUCAAGUGACUACAGAGUGCAGACAACCACCAUGUGCAUCUCUGUCAGCCUGAGCGGCUUCGUGGUCUUGGGCUGUUUGUUUGCACCCAAGGUGCACAUUGUCCUGUUCCAACCCCAGAAGAAUGUGGUCACACACAGACUGCACCUCAACAGGUUCAGCGUCAGUGGAACUGGGACCACGUAUUCUCAGUCCUCUGCAAGCACAUAUGUCCCAACGGUGUGCAAUGGGCGGGAAGUCCUCGACUCUACCACCUCAUCUCUGUGAUUGUGAAUUGCAGUUCAGUUCUCGUGUUUUUAGACUGUUAGACAAAAGUGCUCAUGUGCAGCUCCAGAAUACGGCAGCAGAGCAGAAAAACAACCCUAGUACCUUUUUUUAGAAACAGUACAAUAAAUUAUUUUUGAGGACUGUACAGUAUAUAGUGAUGUGCUAGAACUUUCUAGGCUGAUUCUAGUGCCCCUAUUAUUAACAGUUCCCCACCCCAAACAUGGAAUAACCAUUGUUUACAGAGCUGAGCAUUGGUGACAGGGUCUGACAGGGUCAGUCUACUAAAAAA